ACAUCAGUUCAUGAAGUUAAGGAAACUCUUGACGCUACGGUAACUGAAAACAAAGAAGGCGAACGUUGUCUAAAUAACUAUGUCCUGAAAGAAGUCGUUGGCCAGGGAGCUUAUGGAACGGUUACUUUAGCUGUAGAUAAGCUUACUGGAAAUAAAUACGUAGAAUUUAGUAAAACUCGACUUCGUAAAAAAACCAACUAUUUCCGUCGUCCGCGCGAUCGUGGACGUUUUGGCAAAGCUAUGGGAAAUUACGAUCCAUCAUCAUCGGACCCUCUUUAUUUGAUCCGUGGUGAAGUUGCUGUCCUGAAAAAAUUAAAUCAUCCAAAUGUGGUUAAAUUGUUCGAAGUGUUGGACGAUGAACAGGAUUCUUUGUAUAUGGUUUUGGAAAUGUGCGAAAAAGGUGUUCUUAUGGAUAUCAGCAUUCAGAAGGUAACAACACCAUUUUCCAAUGAAACAGCACGACAUUAUUUUAGAGAAAUGAUACUUGGCUUUGAAUAUUUCUCAGUCUUAAGGUCUCAAAAAUUGGUCAUUGGAUCUAAGACUAUAAAACAUAAAAGCCAGACUGUUGACAUCCUUAGUCAUACUUGUGAACUUUCAGGUCUAAUUUCCCAACUUAUGUCUGUUUUACAUUUAACGAUUAAACAGUACAUGAGCAUGACAUUGUUCAUCGAGCCAGAUAAUCUCCUUUUAUCUGCAGAAGGUGUUCUCAAGAUUGUAGAUUUUGGUGUGUCCGAGAUGUUUACUGAGGGGAAUGAUAAAAUGAAAAAAUCUGCUGGUAGUCCAGCUUUUAUGGCACCGGAAUUAUGCGUGGCCAAUCGUGGUGAGAUUUCUGGAAAGGCUGCUGAUAUUUGGUCUAUGGGUGUGACUUUGUAUUGCCUUGCUUUUGGACGUUUACCCUUCGUGAAAGACAACAUAGUUGACUUAUAUGAAUCGAUAAGAAAUGACGAUAUUACUAUUCCAGAAGGUUCGAAUCCCGACCCUGACCUUGUGGACCUUCUUCAUAAAGUUCUUGAAAAAGAUCCUGAGAAAAGAAUUAUUAUGGCUAAACUCAGAGAGCAUCCAUGGGUAAAUAAUCAUGGAAAAGAUCCUCUUAUAUCGACCGGAGAAAAUUGCAGUGAACUCGUCACCGAAAUUACGGAUGAUGACUUGAGCUCUGCAAUUAAACUCUUAAGUUUUAGAAGCAUUAUUGCUGUGCAUAGCGCUGUUCAAAAAUUCAAACGACUGUCAAAGUCGCACCAUUAUUCGGCAGAAGAAAUGGAUAAAUUGAAAAAAGAUGCACAGGAUGCUGAAGAAAAUAAAGAAAUAGAAGUAAAUGAACCUAUUGCUAUUAUCACGGAAA